CAUCCUCCGUCUCCGUUACUUCUACUUUCUUUUUGACGUCGACACACCUGCGUAUCAUUUUGCAUCGCAACCUGUCAAUCUCAUCUCGUCUCCCCGAACUACCUCAACACCACACCAAGAGCGCACCUCCCCAACCGCCAAAAUGGGUAAGGAAGUCGGUCACAUCAAUGUCGUCGUCAUUGGACACGUCGACUCCGGCAAGUCGACCACCACUGGUCACUUGAUUUACGAGUGCGGCGGUAUCGACAAGCGAACCAUGGAGAAGUUCCAGAAGGAAGCCGCCGAAAUGGGCAAGGGUUCCUUCAAGUACGCGUGGGUUCUUGACAAGCUGAAGGCCGAGCGUGAGCGUGGUAUCACCAUCGAUAUUGCCCUGUGGAAGUUCAUGACCGAGAACUACCAGGUCACCGUCAUUGACGCUCCUGGUCAUCGUGAUUUCAUCAAGAACAUGAUCACUGGUACCUCGCAGGCUGACUGCGCCAUUCUCAUCAUUGCCGCCGGUACUGGUGAGUUCGAGGCUGGUAUCUCCAAGGAUGGCCAGACCCGUGAGCACGCUCUGCUUGCUUUCACCCUUGGUGUCAAGAAGCUCAUCGUCGCCAUCAACAAGAUGGAUCUUGCCAAGUGGUCCGAGGCCCGAUACAAGGAGAUCAUCAAGGAGACGUCCAGCUUCAUCAAGAAGGUUGGCUACAACCCCAAGAACGUUCCCUUCGUCCCUAUCUCUGGGUACGAGGGUGACAACAUGAUGAAGCCCACUACCAACGCCCCCUGGUACAAGGGAUGGAGUUACCUCGGUUCCGAUGGCAAGCCCAUCACCGGUAUGACUCUGCUCGAGUGCAUUGACAAGCUUGAGCCCCCUACCCGUCCCACCGACAAGGCUCUCCGUCUUCCCCUCCAGGAUGUUUACAAGAUUGGUGGUAUUGGCACGGUGCCCGUCGGUCGUGUUGAGACUGGUGUCAUCAAGGCCGGCAUGAUCGUCACCUUCGCCCCCGCCAACGUCACCACUGAAGUCAAGUCCGUUGAGAUGCACCACACCCUUCUCACUGAGGGUGGCAAGCCCGGUGACAACGUUGGUUUCAACGUGAAGAACGUGUCCGUCAAGGAAAUUCGCCGUGGCAACGUCUGCGGUGAUUCCAAGAACGACCCCCCGUUGGGAGCUGCCUCUUUCAACGCCCAGGUCAUCGUCCUGAACCACCCUGGCCAGAUCGGUGCUGGAUACGCCCCGGUUCUUGACUGCCACACUGCUCACAUCGCCUGCAAGUUCUCUGAGCUUCUGGAGAAGAUUGACCGACGUUCCGGCAAGGUUGUUGAGGCCAGCCCCAAAUUCGUCAAGUCUGGUGAUGCUGCCAUCGUUAAGAUGGUUCCCUCCAAGCCUAUGUGCGUUGAGGCCUUCACUGACUACCCUCCUCUGGGCCGUUUCGCCGUCCGUGAUAUGCGUCAAACCGUCGCUGUCGGUGUCAUCAAGUCCGUUGACAAGGCUGCUGCUACUGCUGGCAAGGUCACUAAGUCCGCUGCCAAGGCCACCAAGAAAUAA